UCGCGUGGCGCCGGCCCCGCCUGCCGCGUCUCUUCUGCGCGCCGGGGCGCGAUGGGGUUCGUCUUCUCGAAGUCCGUGAACGACAGCCUGAAAGCUCAGCAGGAGUUCAUGCUCAUGAACUCACGGCUUCAGCUGGAAAGGCAACUACUGAUGCAGAACCAGAUGAGAGAGAGACAAACAGCAAUGCAGAUUGCUUGGACACGGGAAUUUCUCAAAUAUUUUGGGACAUUUUUUGGACUUGCUGCUGUAGGUUUAACAGCUGGAGCAUUGAAAAAGAAGAACCCAGGAGUUUUACUGCCAAUAGUUCCCUUAAGCUUUAUAUUUGCCUAUCAAUAUGAUAUGGGCUAUGGGACACUGUUGCAAAGGAUAAAAGGUGAAGCAGAGAACAUAUUGGACACACAGAGCACUUUGCUAGAAUUGCCGAAAGGACCACUCACUUAUGAAGAUCUGGAGAAAAUCAGAAGAUCUCAGAGCAAGUUCUUCAUAGAAAAAUAAGAAGAUGAUUCUGCACGAACAGCGAGUAACAAAC